AUGGACGAGUCGCCCGCUGAUCGCGCCGAGAUGGGACCACUUUAUCAACCUCCGUCUCCAGAAUCUUCUCGCGCACUUCGCUUCUUGCGUCAUACAAACGCCAAGCAUUCGUUGUCCCUCUCAUCGUAUCUUGAUCUAUACAACUGGUCAAUCGACAAGAUCGAUGACUUUUGGAGUGAAGUCUGGGACGAAACCGCUGUCGUUGGCGACAAGGGGGCUCAUGUUGUUGACACAACUGCUCCACCGCCUGCAAACCCACUCUGGUUUACUGAGGCCAAACUCAAUUAUGCCGAGAACUUGCUCAAGUGUCGCUCCCCAGACAAGACUGCUUUGAUAGAAGCUAUCGAACCCGAUCCGAACAAUCCUUCUCCUCCCCAUCGUCGUGUGACAUACCUGGAGCUCUAUUCUCUUGUUGCUGAUCUGGUUUCUGCAUUGCUCGCGUCUGGGUUGAAAGCUGGAGACCGCGUUGCGUCAUAUUCAUCCAACUGCAUUGAGAAUGUGGCUGCUUGCUUAGCAGCUGCGGCAAUAGGAUGUAUAUGGGUCAGUGCUGCAGCCGAUUUUGGACCUGAAGGGGUGUUAGAGAGAUUUGAACAAGUGCGACCAAGUCUUAUUUUCUCCGUGGAUGCCGUUGUCUACAACGCAAAAGUACAUCCACACUUACCCAAGCUCAAGUCGCUGCUCGUGGGCUUACAAGAUCGCGCUGCCUUACGACCAAAGGUCGUCGUGAUCCCGCAUAUGUCUACGUCGAUAGACCGCAGUGACUGGCACGACGGCUGGAUUAGCUGGGAUGAGUUCGUCGCUGAGGGUAAGGAGAAGAAACUAGGUCGUACACCGGAAGGUGAGAUUGAAUGGUGCCGCCUGGACUUCAACUGGCCUCUGUGGAUUCUCUUCAGUUCUGGCACGACGGGUCGCCCAAAACCGAUCGUUCACCGAGCUGGUGGCAUGCUGUUACAGGCAAAAAAAGAAUUUGUCAUCUGCGCUGACCUCCAGCCUGAAGAUGUGUUCUUUUAUUAUACCACAACGGGCUGGAUGAUGUGGAAUUUCCUCAUAGCUGGUCUGAGUGUCGGAUGCACGCUGGUCUUAUACGACGGCAGCCCGCUGUACAACCCUGCUUACUUGUGGCACCUCGUGGACGAACUCGAGAUCUCGAUCUUCGGCACUAGCGCAAAGUAUAUAGACCAGCUUUCUAAAGUCUAUAAGCCUGCGGACUACCACCAGCUCUCCACCCUGCGCCACAUAUAUUCGACUGGCUCUCCGCUAGCGCCGCCUCUAUUUGACUUUGUCUACAAACAUAUUCGUCCCGACGUUUUACUGGGUUCUAUCACGGGCGGGACGGACAUUUGCUCUCUAUUCGCCGGGAUGUGCACUGCGCUUCCGGUGUUCCGUGGCGAAAUUCAAUGUCGACUAUUGGGUAUGGCCGUGGAAGUGUUCACGCCUUCCGGGACCAUUGCUGCGCCAGAUGAAGCUGGUGAACUCGUUUGCCUAAAGCCGUUCCCUUGCAUGCCCGUGGGCUUCUGGCCGCUGCCUGGUUUCGGAAGCGAGGAGGCUGUCGAAGCUGCCAAGAUGCGUUAUCAGCAGGCCUACUUCUCAGAGUUUAAGGAUGUUUGGUUCCACGGCGACCACGUUAUCCUCACGCGAUCCAGGGCAGGUAACGGAGGGGGUUUGAUCAUGCUAGGUAGGAGUGAUGGCGUGCUUAACCCUGGAGGCGUUCGCUUUGGGUCAGCUGAGGUUUACGACGUGAUUGAUUUGUGCUUCGCGCCUGCAACAUCGCACGGUGCUCACGCCAUCGUCGACUCUCUGGUCAUUGGGCAAGGCAUUGCGAAGGGUGCAGACGAGCGCGUGAUCUUGUUCAUUAAGCUUCUGGAGGGGCAGGUACUAAGCGCAGAACUGGAGAAGAGAAUCAAGGCCGAGAUACGAGUCAGAAGGAGCGCCAGACAUGUACCAGCACGGGUCCAGGAUAUACCGUACACUGUGAAUUUAAAGCGCGUGGAGGUUCCUGUGAAGAAGAUAAUCAACGGGGCUCCUAUCUCGAGCAUAAACCCAGCGACUCUCAAAAACCCGGGUUGUCUGGCGGAAUACGAAGCGUUGGGUAUUGCUUUGAGAGCUGAAGUUUAA